AUGAGUGUAAUUAUUAAGGAAUUAAUAAAAAUGAUAAGUAAUAACGGGAGUUCGAAUGGGGAAAUGUGUAAGGUCAUUACAGACGUUCUAAUAUACAUUCACAAUACAAUAGGCGAUAAAAAUAUAAUAACAAACACCUUAAUUAAUGAACUAAAUGGGGAUAUCAAGAAUCUUAAUCAUUUGUUAAUAUUACUUCAAAAUAUUAACAAAAAGAACAAAACCAACGUCAUUGUUGAAAGAAUUUAUAUUUUGGUUUUAAAUAACCAAACCUUGUUAGAAAACCUAAACAACGUUAAGUUAAUCAUUUUCUUCAUUUUACUAACCUUCAACCAUCUGUACAACGGUGAUGAAGGUGUAAAUAAUUCGUUGAUACAAAAGUUAGUUAAUUACAAUGUAAAUGAUCGUGAGUUCUACAAAAACGAUGAAAAUUUCCACAAAUUCAUCAACUUCGUCCUGAAUCUAAACGACAUACCCUUAAUCAAUGUCGUUAUCACCAUAGAAAUUCUUUAUAUAAAUGAGGAUUUAAAGAAUUACAUAAAAAUUGGUGACAAAUUUUUAGAAAACUUGAACUACCUGAGCAACGACGUAGUAUUAUACCUCCUCUUGUAUAACAUAAGUCCAAAUCAUCACUUGAUGAUCGAUAAUGUUAAUCGAAUGUUACAACAUGAUUUGACCAAAAACCAACUAAUUUUACUAUAUAGGUUCAUGAAUUUUAUUAUAAACAAUGAUCUGAAAGUACUGAAUGAAACUUUUAUAACAAAUAUCAACAUGUUGCUACAAAAAAUUACGGAUGUGAAGCUACUUAACCUGAUAUUACUCUACACAAUAAAAUUUAAAAUUGACAUAAUCGACCCAAGUAUACUAAAAUGUGUAAGUGGGAAUAAUAUAACAGUGAUAUCUCUGAUAUUAUUGAGGAAGUAUGAAUUUGAAGAUGACUAUUUUCUGGAAGUAAUUAAUGACUUAAUGAGGAAUGAUACCUUUGACGUAGUCAACUGGUCCAUUUUACUCCUACUUUUGAUAAAUAACAGCUAUUACAUCAACACUGUUAUGUUUAACAUAUUUUUGCAGCAUUCCAUUAGCAAUGAGAGUUUGAAAGGUGAUAAAAGAUUUAACACAUUUUUAUCAUAUUUGAUAGAUAUUAAAAGAUGGCCUUUGGAAUCUGUUAAGGACUACGUAUUUGAGAAUGUUUUAGUGCCUAAUCUACUAAAUUAACGUGUAAACUGAUUUUAAAAAUUAUUCAUUGUUAAAUAUUAAUUUUAAAUGGUUGAGGAGGUGUUCAUUCCUCUUGAGUUGAGAUUUAUACAACUUGUUUACAUCUUCAGCCAUUAAGUUACUGCCAACUUCAGGACUUUUAGAGUUAUAUAGUAUAUUCUGUAUGUAGUUUUCAAUAGUGCCUCCUUCAUUACUUACUGAACUUUCUGGUCCCUUAUCAGAUUGUGGAUUUUCCUUUGCAGAGGAGCUAACAGGAUUCGAUUUGUCCUUGGGAUUCAAAGUGGCAGUAGUGUUGUUAUAGGACUUUGAGAGGUUGGUUCGAUCCUGAGCCAAUAAGCUUAGUGUUGGGGGUAUUCGUAUUAUUGAAGGACCACUGAUACAGAUUAGUUACGUUGUUGUUGGCAGAGUUUAACGAUUUAUUGUGAUUUACGUUGACGA